CUGGCGGCCGGGCCGGAGCGGGUGCGGCGGCGGGAGGCGGGGGAGGGGCAGGCGCCGGUGCCAGCUCGGGCUCGCCGCUCCCAUCGCCGCGCCCGCCCGCAUCCCUCGCCGCGCCCGCCCCGCCCGCUGCCGCCCCCGCGGAGCCGCGACCGCAGGAGAUGGUGCGCGACGCCCCGACGGUCGCCGCCCGGGGGCCCCUCGCCGCCCCGCGCCGGGGGGAGACGGCGCCCCGCGCCCCCCGCAGCUGAGCGCCGCCGCCGCAGAUCAGCCGUCACCGGGUGAAGCGGUCCUUUCCGAUGGUGACGGGCCAUGGCGGCCGACGAUAAAGUGGCCAUCCUCACGGAUGACGAGGAGGAGCAGAAGCGGAAGUACGUGCUCGCCGACCCUUUCAACGGCGUUUCCGGGGAGCAGGAGCCGCCUCCGCACGAGACUCCCUCCUCCACGGCCACGGAGGCCGCUCCCGAGGAGCAGGUGGACUGGAUCGAGAGGCACUGCGUGAAGAUCAACAACGACCUGCUCGUCUCCAAGGUCUUCUACUUCUUCUUCUACGCCGCGUACGGCUCCCUGUACCCGCUGCUGCCCGUGUACUACAAGCAGCUGGGCAUGUCGCCCAGCCAGAGCGGGCUGCUGGUGGGCAUCCGGUACUUCAUCGAGUUCUGCAGCGCCCCCUUCUGGGGCGUGGUUGCGGAUCGCUUCAGAAAGGGCAAAAUCGUCCUCCUCUUUUCUCUUCUGUGUUGGGUUCUGUUCAACCUGGGCAUCGGAUUCGUCAAACCCGCCACCCUGAGGUGUGUACCAAAGACGCCCCCCACGGCCCGCCCCGCCAACGCCAGCCACCCGCUGCCCCUCCUGCCAACGAAUUCUUCCUUCGUCUCUCCCGUGACGCCGCCCCCGAGGCCGCGGGAGAGGAGAGACCUGCUCCCGGCCGGCGGGCCGGCGGCGGGAGACACGGGGCCCAACGUCACGGUCACGGAACCUUUCACCUUCCCAACGGCUGCCCACAGGACCGGCGCGCCCACUCUGCCGCCGCAGACACGUGACGUGACGGACCUCGGUGAGGACUUGACCUGGACCCCAAGCACUGGAGCCCCUGCCGCCCCGGGAAUGGUCACCAGCGAGGCCACCACGACCACGGUCACCACCACCAGAGCUCCGCCUCCCGACCAGGUCACUCUGGUGUACGACCAGCAGGAAGUGGAAGCUAUAUUCCUGGUGAUCUUGGUGGUGGUCAUCGUCGGGGAGUUCUUCAGUGCCUCCUCCGUCACCAUCGUGGACACGGUGACGCUGCAGUACCUGGGCAAGCACCGCGACCGCUACGGGCUGCAGCGCAUGUGGGGCUCCCUGGGCUGGGGCCUGGCCAUGCUGUCCGUGGGCAUCGGCAUCGACUACACCCACAUCGAGGUGCUCGUCCACGGGAAGGGGUGCCGGCCCCCCGAGUACCGCAACUACCAGAUCGUCUUCAUCGUCUUCGGGGUCCUCAUGACCGUGGCCUUGAUCGUGGCCACUCAGUUCCGGUUCCGCUACAGCCACUUCAAGAGCGAGGACGGUCGGGGCAAGGAGGCGGAGGCGGCCCCGGCGGAGAGAGGCAGCCCCACCGAGUCCUCGGAGGAGGUGCCGGCCGCGGGCCCCGCGCGGGCCGCCAGCUUCUGGGACCUGAUCCGCCUGCUGUGCAGCGUGCAGUACGGCUCCGUGCUCUUCGUGGCCUGGUUCAUGGGCUUCGGCUACGGCUUCGUGUUCACCUUCCUCUACUGGCACCUGGAGGACCUCAACGGGAGCACCACCCUCUUCGGCGUGUGCUCCGUGCUGAGCCACGUGUCCGAGCUGACGGCCUACUUCUUCAGCCACAAGCUCAUCGAGCUCAUCGGCCACAUCAGGGUUCUGUACAUCGGCCUGGCCUGCAACACGGCGCGCUACAUCUACAUCUCCUACCUGCAGAACGCCUGGACCGUGCUGCCCAUGGAGGUGCUCCAGGGCGUGACGCACGCGGCCAUCUGGGCGGCCUGCAUCUCCUACCUGAGCGCCGCGGUGCCCCCCGAGCUGCGCACGUCGGCGCAGGGCAUCCUGCAGGGCCUGCACCUGGGCCUGGGGCGAGGCUGCGGGGCCAUGAUCGGAGGCGUGCUGGUCAACUACUUCGGGGCUGCUGCCACCUUCCGGGGAAUCGGCAUGGGCUGCCUGGUGAUCCUCCUGCUCUUCGCCCUGAUCCAGUGGCUGGCAGUGCCGGACGAGGAAGAAGACAAGACCAUGCUGGCGGAGAGGAUUCCGGUUCCAUCCAGUCCUGUCCCCAUAGCAACCAUCGACUUGGUACAGCAGCAGCCGGAGGACGUCCUGCCGCGCGUGGAGCCGCGCCUCCCGCCCAAGAAGACCAAGCACCAGGAGGAGCAGGAGGACGCCAGCAAGCCCGCCUGGGGCGUCAGCGCCUCCCCCUGGGUGACCUUCGUCUACGCCCUCUACCAGGUCAAAGAGAUGAUGCAGCUUGCCAGGGAGAGCCACGCCUCGGAGAUCCAGCCUCUGCAGGGGACCAGUGAGAACCGGGGAGACCCUCCCGCUGCUGGAGCCCGGCCCGGCCCGCGUGACAUCCCCGCCAGCGCGCCCGGGAGCCAGCCGUCCCCGCCAUCGCCAUCAGCCGCAUCCCCCACGCAGAGCAGCCCCGCCCAGCCCGGCUCCCGCCCGCGUGCCGAGGGGGGUGGGGGCGCGCAGGCCCUGCCCGCCGCUGGGGGCCCCUGAGGGCCCUGCCCACCUCCCCCUGCACGGAAAGGGCCUCGGCCGGACCGGGAGGCGCCCGAGCCCGGCACACGC